AUGUAUUCGUAUCUCCACAUCAACUCCAAACCGCCCACUAAUAUGCGAUGUCCGAUCCUUUCGUUGUCGACACAGACGGUCUUCCGUCAUAGGAAUUUCACAACAACAAUUGUCAUGUCGACGUCGUGGCGAGAGUUCCAUCGACUGACGGCACAGACAAUUAUUAAGGCGUGCUUCUCGAUGACUUGUGUCCGCGAAACAGACAAACAAGUCAUUCCGUCGUGUUCUGUGUGUAACCCUGAGAGGGCUUUAGUGGAGAUCGAUCACUUUGAUGAAUUACAAAUAGGCCCAUCGACCAUCAAUGACGGGAUGGAGAAGUACACUUUCAACUGCUGUAAAAGCUUCUGUUCAUCGUCGCGAAACCAUCAGCACUCGCGGAUCUGUUUGUGUCUUGAUCUGCCGGGGGGCCCAUUUUACUCGACACCUUUUGUGUUACAAGCGCGAGAUAAAAAAGAUUCCCAGAAAGAGGUCAUCACUGUUGCACUCGUGUCAGACGAUAUAAAGGAAGUGUUGGAGCAAUUGAAGUUAUCAGUUGUCGAGUUUGGGGAGUGUGUCUUGAAGAUCGGGAGUAUCUACGGCUUUCUCUUAUUUUCAUGUGAUAAAGAACGAGUGUUUGAAGCCAAGAAUUUACUUAACGGGAUAUUAACGGGGACAUUUGGGCAAAAGAAUGUGAAGAAAUACUAUGUGUCGAGUAGUUGUUUGGAAGCAACACCGUGA